UGAAAAGUAAAAUCCUUUCUUGGAUAUAUUUGCACGGCUGUUUGUAUGCAUCUUUUCAAGUUAUCGAUUCAUCUUGGCCAACCAUGACUCCAGGAACCAGUACUGUGGCGGCAACAGAAGAUGAGAAAUGGCUCACGCCUGCGAAUCAAACAAACACAACAGCAACGAGCAGUGUGCUCGACAUCACAGCUGACCACCAACACGGAACAACCACCACGGAGAAGGAUUUGAGAACCAAAUCAAGAGCUGCCAUUUCAGCAGUAACGUCCGUGACUGCUCCACCCCAAAACACAACAACCACAUCGACAGCUACUACAGUGCCAAACACUACAGAAACAAACGCACCCGUGACUACAGAAGCUUCAGCCAUUAGCAUGACCACUUCCGCAACAACUAACACAUUUCUGAUGACCGCCAUUACUACGCCGCAAAACACUACUACAUCCACCACCAUGACAGAAACAAACACAACCAUGACUAGCGCAACUCAAAAUACAAGUACAACCAUAUCAGCAACACCCGAGUCAAUGAAAACCAUGCCUCUGAUGACUGCAACCCAAAAUCCGUUAAAAAAGGACCUAUCCGCAACGACUACAACAAGCGCAAUCAUGACGACAGAAAGUCAAAACACAACCAAAUCCACAAGCCCUGCAACAGCAGGAACAUCCACGGCAAACCUGCCUCAAAACACGACAACCACAAACAUGUCCACACCUACUACAGUGGCAAAUAGCAACGAAUGUUCACCCACAACAAACAGAUCCGCGAUUACGGUAACUCCAGAUACAACCGCGCCCACAUCUGCAAGUAACACAUCGAGGACGAGCAUCACCAAUACGCAGCAAAACAAAAGUCAAUCCACAUCUCGCUUCGUGCCAAGCACGACGGCAACAACUCGCGCAACAAUGACGACCACACCGUACCUGAUCAAUACCACCGCAUCCAAAAUACGUGACGCAAUGACGAUCCCGCCGAUGACUCCUGCAAGCCACAACACAACAACCAAACAUCAGAACAUGGCUACAAGCAUACCCCAAACACCCGAAACGACGACUCCAAUCACCACGACACCGGUAAACACAAACUUGUCGACAAUGAACACAACUCAAAGCACCGCAGUCGCAACACCGACAAACACGAGAACCCAACAAAAAGAUCCAAUCGUAUCCCCAACACCUGAAACAAUGACAAGCAUAGUUGUAAAUACUGAAACACCAACCCUAUUAAACGCGACCGUUUCAACAACUACCGAUAGUCCAAGCAUCACACCCACAACAACACGGACGAACGUGACUAUCACAACUCAAAACACAAGCACAGCAACAGCAUCAAUGUCCGUGACUACUCCACCCCAAAACACGACUACUGCAACAAAAUGGACAGCUAGCACAGUGCUAAAUACCGCUCCCAUCACCACGACAUCGCAAAACACAACGGUACAGACAUCGAGCAAAAUACCAAGCACCGUAGUAGCAACAACAAAAACGACAACCUCAAACCACAACAGUCAUGCGACGACAGCAUUAAAAGGUGAAACAAUCAGUAUUCCAGUGACCACGACAACCCCAAGCCCAUUAAACGCAAAAAUAUCCGCAAGCAGUACGGCACCGAGCACCGCCAUGAUUACAACAACCCAAAACACGAUCACAUCGACAAGUCCAGCAAUAACGGCCACGACAACUGCGACCCAAAACCCAUCUCGAGCGACGACAGACCCCAAAACUGCAGAAUCUUCAACCACGACAAAGAGAUCUGUGACUACUCCAGACGCAAGAAAGCCUACGCCGACAACAACUAACACUUCCUUGAUAGACGACACCACCGCACCGCAACACACAACAACUAUAUCCGCGACGAGCCCAAUGCCGAGCAAAAUAUCAACGCCUCACACAAUGACGACCUCAACCCAAAUCAGAAAUACAAUCACACCUCAAACAGCUGAAAUCACAACAAGCACACUGGUGACGACUACAACGCAAAACACGAGUUCCAAAAGCCAGAGCUUGGAUAAAACUACAUCGCAAACAGCUGAAAUGAUGACAAGCACGCCAAUGAUUCCUGCUACCCAGAGGCCAUUAAACACGACCGUAUCCACAUUCAGUACCGGAAGUCACAGCAUGGAACUAACCGCAUCCCAAACAUCUGAAACGACGACAAUUGUGAUUCCUGAAACCCCAAACCCAUCCAACACAAGCAUUUCAACAACUAGUACAAGGCCGAGCACCACACGUGGAAUAACAAGCACGACCAUACUAACAAGUCCUGCAGCGGCACUAACGUCCAAGACGACUGCACCUCAAACCACAACAACUUCGACAGCUGCUUCGACAGCUGCUGCGGCACCAAGUACCACCAAAUCUUCAACCAGAGCAAAGAGACCCACGACUACAGCUACUCCAGACGUCACCAUGUCCACGCCAGAAACCGCUACUCCUAGAAGCAUGACAACUAACAUGAUGCUAACCACCACGCUAACGCCCAAAACUACCACAACCCAAAACAUAAAUACAGCCACAUCCCAAACACCUGAAACAAUGACAACCACACCUGCAAUGACCGCAACCCCAAAUCCUAUAAACACAACCACAUCCCCAAAUAAUGCAACGCGAAGCACCACGCUGGCAGUGACAAAGACAGUCAUGACUGCGAUAAUCCAAAACACAACCGCACCCGCAAGUCCCGCAACAUCUGUGAAUGCACUCCAAAACGCAACAACGCCAAACAAAACCGUGUCUACACCUCCACCAACGACGACAUCGAUGACUAGCAUCAGCACUGCCCCGCAAAACCCAACCAUAUCCACAGCCAGCAGAAUCCCGAGCGCCGCAACAAACACAACGGUGACUACCAAACGUCCGAACUUGAGUACAACCUUCUCACCAACCCCUGAGACAAUGGCAAGCACGCCUGUGAUGACUGCAACCCAACAUCCGUUCAACACAACCAAAUCCGCAAUUAGCGCAACACAAAGCACCACGCUAGCAGCAACAACUCAAAACACAACAAGCGCUCCGACGGCAGUCAAAUCCAUGACUACUUCACCCCAAAACGCAACAACCGCAGCCACGCCUAGAACUACUCGAGGGCCAAAUACCGGAGAAUCAUCGACCACAGCAAACAAAUCUGUAACUACCCCAACUCCAGACACAGCCACGUCCACAUCUGCAACCUCGUCCACCUCUAUGACUACCAUCACCAAUACGCCACAAAACAAAAUCGAAUGGACAUUUAGCCCGUUGCCAAGCACAACAGCAGCAAGACCAACUCCCACACCCCAAAUCCUAAACACAACCAUGUCCCAAGCGCCGGAAAAAAUGCCAAACACACCUGUGACGAUAAAUAGAACAACGCCAAGCGCCGCACCUGCGGCGACACAGACGAACGUGACGAUGGCACCCUUCAAUCCAACCGCACCCACGAGUCCUGCCGCAGCGGUCAUGUCCACGCAUGCUACCGCGUCCAAAAGCACAACUUCCACACGGACAGCAACCCCGGUGUCGAGCGCGACGGAUCCCUCAACCGCAGAAAACCGAUCGGUGACGGCAGCAACUUCAGACACAACCGCGUCCGCACCUCCCAUCCCCGCGACACCGCAAAGCACGACUGCAUCCGCAAGGAGCGCGAUACCAAACACCGCAACGGCGACGCCAGACGCAACACCGACUACCAAACGCCACAACGGCCACGCAAUCAGUUCACUAACACCUGAAACAAUGACAAGCACACCUGCGAUUACCGCAAGGCCAAACCCAAUCCACACGACCGAUUCCAGAACCAGCACACCGCCCCGCACAACAACCAUAUUGACAAACGCCACGACGGUCAAAGCGGGCCCCUUGUUUCUGGCCCAGUUAAAGAUGACGUUAGAUGUGACCGAUGGGAUCAGCAACGACCACAUCGUACAAUUUGUCGAAGCGUUUUUCAGAGAGCAGCUUCUGACUAGAGCGUCCUACACCAUCAACGUUACUCAAGUUCAAAGAAUUGGCCCUUAAAGCUUUUGGUACUUUUUCUUUUGAACCACGUUUGAUUGUGUUGUAUGUUCACACACAUGAUUCUGUGGGUACGGUGUCCCAUAUAACCAUGCUAGCGAAUGUCCCAUGUUUUUAAAUAAAG